CAGCGUUUACUUACUUAUAAAUGAACAAAGUAGGUACCUAUAUUCAGUUAUUCGCGGUGAUCAAUAAGUGUAAGUUACAUAGCAAUGAAAGAAAAUGAAUAAUACCAAGGGUGUUUUUUGUAGCAGCGCUGUGCUGAUUUUAACAACUUUCACCUCAUAUUUCACAAUUUCAUACUCUUCACCUGCUCCAUUGGUUGGAUCCAAAGACCUGAUAUUAAAUAAUACCGACGGUUCUUGUCUCAAACCGCCUUCAACACCAGACAAAUCCAUCACAUACAAAUGCAAUGGAGAGUAUUCGGAAUAUUGUACGGCUGGCAGAAUUGUUCCUGAAUAUACUGUAGUCAACAUUUCGUGUAACCCUGGAUAUUUUUCAUUGAAUGGUGACAGCAAUGAAACCGUAUCAGUUUGCAUCGAUAAAAAAUGGAUUCCUGCGCAUCUUAGAUGUCACAAAAUGUGUGACAGAUUAUACUCCAAUUAUAUGAAUGUCCAUCUCGAGUGCUUUCAUGGAAAUAAAUCUAUUCCAUGUGGAGAGAAUUCCUUGAUACCUGGCGCCAGAGUUCGCUCCUCUUGCAAAUUGGCCCAUAAAUAUGAAAAUUACAAGAGCACCUAUCGAGAAAUCAACUGUGGAGAAGAUGGGAAAUGGGAUGCUGCACUGAUUCCUUGCAUUCCAGGUUGCGAGAAACCCCCAGGAAGCCAUUUUGAGGCACCAUGGCACGUUACGUUCUUGAAAAAUUACGGUGAAACAGUUCAUACAUGUUCUGGCACCAUCAUAAGUCCUCGGCUGAUUCUAACACUGGAAUUCUGCGUACAUCUUCAAAUGUCGACCUCGAAGGAAUUCAAAGAGGAUGUUAAUGGAACGCAAUAUUCACUUAUAGUGACCAGAUUUCCCAAGUACCAACGAUUGUAUGAGAUAGCCGAAUUUCGAUAUUUCAACCGAGCCAAAUACACGUAUAAUUUUAGCCGCGUGCAAACGCCUAUGAUCAUAGUUCUCAAAGAAGAAUUGGAAUUCAAUUCGUUUGUUUCACCAGCUAAUAUUCAAUGGGAAAAUCCUAGUAGACUGGAUAUGUGGAAUGGAACCGUGCAGGUAUCCACAAUGAUGGAUAAUUCAUUGAAAAAAGAGUCCAGUGAUGCUUACGCCGAUACAUUUCUUGGAAGACCAGUCUCCUAUAGUAUCAAUUUCUUAAGCCACAUUGCGUGUAAAGAAAGAUGGACGUAUCCAUAUUUGGCCUUUUUUUGGGCAACCGUUUUAGGAGGUAACACUACACUAGACGACAAAUCUUUUUUAUUGGAUGCGAAUCUAACGUGUCUGGAGUAUGAGAAUGAUAUAACGUAUGGUGUUGGAAGUGGCGUUAUAGUUGAAGAAAAUAACUGCUAUUUUAUGCGAGGAAUCAUGGGUGUUGCAUUGGACCUACCAAAAUUUAUUCAAAAAACCGAUAAAAUUCCAUGGAAGAACCCGCCGUUUAAACAAUCUCUGGACUGUGAUAAAGAAAUCCCUCCAGAAUUAUCCCAGUUUGGGCAAAACGCGAAAUUUUUGUGCGACGUGAUUAGUCGUUUGCAAAAAUUACAGAAAACAACUGGAAAUAGACCCGAGAUACCGCGGAAUUUUGGUGCAUCGAUUGAUAUAGCUGACUACAUAGACUGGAUUAAGAAGGUGCGCGAUGAAACUGAGAACCAAUAAUUCAGUAGGUAAUAAAUACUGUUAAUGAGGAGGCUUCCAACUCAGAAUGUGCCAUUUUAGUAUUUGAUAAGAUUUUAUUAAUUAUCAUUAUCCACUAGGUAUAUGCAACUUAAAUGAAUUCAUUAAUCCACUUUGUUUUAUAAUAAAGGAGUAUUGAAAGCAAAA